UGUGUUCAGACAUCUCCAGCUUUAAUGGGAGGAGAGAAAGAGAGCUAGACGUAAAGUAAAGUACCCCUUUCACUUAAACUCCUCCUACUCUUGAGAUAUAUAACAGCGUCAAGACUGAAACUCUGCACUCGUCUAAUCUGGUGAAAUACUGUACAGUGUUUCUGUGAUCCCGCAGCUGAAGAGGACAAACCACAGCAGGCCACUCAAGUCCUCACAUUCCUCUGUGAUUUCCCACUCUCAACCCUUCAGAAUGAAAGAGAUUUACUAAUCUUUAAACUUUCUUAAAGACCCAUCGGAGCUUCAGAAUAUCACAGAACCCUCAGACGUUUGACAUGCAGGGCAGCAAGAACAUCGAGGGAUGGAGCUCACAAAUCCAUCCGGCUCUCUUUGCAUCCUUCAUCUUCCUCUGCUGUCUGGAGGCUUGUUUCUGGUUCAGGAAUCAAAGAGUAAGGAAGAGGCUUCCAGGACCCUUUGCUUGGCCGCUCGUUGGUAACGCCAUGCAACUCGGACCAAUGCCCCACAUCACCUUCUCCAAACUGGCUGAGAAGUACGGAAACGUCUACCAGAUCAGACUGGGAAACAGUGACGUUGUGGUUCUGAACGGUGAAGCGGUCAUACGUGAAGCGCUGCUACAACACGCUGCAGAGUUUGCCGGCAGACCCGACUUUGUGUCUUUUCGCUCGGUAUCUGGAGGAAAUGGGAUGACGUUCAACAGUUACAGCAAACGGUGGAAGAUCCACCGUAAAAUAGCUCUGUCCACCAUCCGUGCCUUUUCUUCAGCAAACAGUCAAACGAAAAAAGCCUUUGAGAUGAACAUCACCGCUGAGGCUGUGGAAUUGAUUCAAACGUUUUUGAAACUGAGUUUAAAGAACCAAUAUUUCAAUCCGUCUAAUGAACUGAUCAUUGCAGCCGCUAACAUCAUUUGCGCUCUUUGUUUUGGGAAACGUUACGGACACGAUGACCAAGAGUUUAAAGCUCUCCUGUGCAGAGUAAAUAAAUUUAGCGAGACGGUAGGUGCUGGAAGUUUGGUAGAUGUUAUGCCCUGGCUGCAGUCUUUUCCCAAUCCUGUUAGGAAUGUUUUUCAGACCUUUAAAGACCUCAACAAAGACUACUUUUCCUUCAUCAGAAGAAAAGUCAUGGAACACAGGCAAACCUAUGACCCCAAAGUCAUCAGGGACAUGAGCGACGCCAUUAUUGGUGCGAUAGAUUAUGCGGACGCAGAGACCGGUUUGACCGAAGCUCACACUGAGGCGACUGUGGCUGAUCUUAUCGGAGCAGGUCUGGAGACCGUCUCUACCACCCUGCACUGGAUGCUGCUUCUGUUGGUCAAAUAUCCGUCGAUCCAGAGCAAACUCCAGGAGGAGAUCGAUAAAGUGGUGGGUCGUGACAGACUCCCCUCAAUAGAAGACAAAAGCAACCUGGUCUAUCUGGACGCGUUCAUCCACGAAACCAUGCGCCACACCAGCCUCGUGCCGGUCACCAUACCCCACUCGACCACCUCAGACGUGACCAUCGAGGGUCUUCGCAUCCCCAAAGACACCGUGGUGUUCAUCAAUCAGUGGUCGGUCAAUCAUGACCCUCAGAAGUGGCGAGACCCUCACAUCUUCAACCCGUCCAGGUUCUUGGAUGAGAACGGAGAUCUGGAUAAGGAAUUGACCAACAGCGUGAUGAUUUUCUCUGUUGGGAAGAGAAGAUGCAUUGGAGAGCAGAUAGCUAAAGUAGAAGUUUUCCUGAUUGUCGCCACAUUACUGCACCAGUUGAGUUUUGAGCGUGACCCUGCACAGGAUUUGACUUUAAACUGCUCUUAUGGUUUAACAUUGAAGCCUCAUUUUUAUCAAAUCUCUGUCAAGCCCAGAGGAAGUUUAUUACCAGAGGUGUGAACCUAUAAAAAAUGUAUAGGGUUAUAAAGCGUAACUAAACCCCUGGUCAGAGCCUGACUCCACCCACUGGCAAUAUUUGAAAAAUGCAAGAAAAGUGGGCAGAUCCCAACGGAGAUAGAGGGGACGAACUAAGCUCCUACCAAGUGUGUGGUGAGAUCAUAACAAGGGCGUGGUGAUCUUGAACCUGCUUACGUCACGAGUCAUAUUUUGGACCCAACAUCCAAUAGGAAAAUUCAACUGCAGUAGCCACCGUUCAACCUCAAGAGGGCAGCACUCAGACGUUUUUACACCAUAUAUUAUAGUAUUGAAACACUUUAUAUCCAAAUGUCAAAAAACUUACUAAAAUCAAUAAACAGCACUAAUAAAGCAUCAUUCUUACAUAUCAUUAACUAAAAAAAGUUGGUUAGGGUUUAGUUACUCUUUAAAGAGUGCAAAAUAUAUACCGUAUAUAUCACUCCUUUCAGCAAAUAAACUCAAAGGAGCUGUUUUAUAUACAUUUCUAAUCAAAGUGUAUCUUAAGUGUUGUUUUUAAGAAUGAAACUCAAAUGUACAUCAUUUUUAGAAACCAGUAUUCUGUUGUAAAUACAAAUAAUGAUUUUUAAAUGUUGAAGCUGACAAAAUGCAUUUUCUUUUUAAAUAAACAUUGUCUUUUAUAUAAUAAAAUCAUUCUAUUUACACCUG